AUGAAUUCCGUCGCUCGAAGCGCUAUUAAUUCUGAAAAUGCCCUAUCCCGGGCAUCUAUUCAUGUUGCCAAUUCAUAUAGCAGGUCUCCUGCUUAUACGAGGCUAGCCUCUCAUCUUUCUCAGACUUCCCGACUCGCCACAUGGAGUGCGAAUCAGAAGAUAAAUACUACGAAUGUUGUCCUUUCUCCUCUUCGAUCUCAGUUUCAUCCAUCCAAUAUUCGGGUUGUCCCAAUCGCCAUUUCGCAGCGCCGACAGUUCCAUGUGACCAGAAGGAGUUUGCAAGAUGAGAAGCCUGGUAAAGACUCGGCCAAAUCUGCUUCAGCCGGCGCCAAGGAAUCCGAAUCGGAAACCAAGCCUGAUGAAGAACAAUCAAAGAAGUCUGACGAAGGCGACAAUGGCGAACAGUCACAGAACAAGGAAGAUGGAAAAGAAAAGAAGGAAGAUAUGCCUCCGCCGCCGCCUCACGGCGACAAAACUCCCUGGCAGGUAUUCAUGGAAACUAUGAACACCGAGUUUCAAGCAUCGAAAGAAUGGAAUGAAUCAACAAAGCAGAUCGGCGCCGCUGCCCAUCAAUUUACUGAGAGCGAAUCGGUUCGCCGGGCUCGUGAGGCUUAUGAAAAGUCGACUGGUGCCAUUACAUCCACCACCGCUAAGGCUGUUAAAUCCACCGCUGGGGCGAUUGGAAAGGGUGCUUCUUGGACCUGGGAUACCUCGGUAAUGAAGGGUGUCCGAAAGGCAGCCAAUGUCACGGGCGAUGCUGUGGACAAAGCCACCAAGCCCAUCCGCGACACCGAAGCCUACCAAAAUGUGAAGAAUGUUAUCGACGACGGAAGCUCCUCCAGAUAUGGCGGAUGGGUGGAGAAGGAGGAGCGCAGGAAGAGGAGAGCAAUGAUGGAACAGCAAAAUGGUGCCUCUUCUCAAGUAAUGGAGGAAGAUCCAAAUGCGGGAACUAAUAUCACGCUUCACAAAGACGCCGCUUGGAAGGAGGCUUGGAGAGAUUUCCGCGACAGCAACAAGUUCGUCCAGGGAAUUUUUACCAUGAAAGGCCGAUAUGAGGAAUCUGAGAAUCCUCUGGUAUCAACCGCUCGAAGCAUAACUGACCGAAUUGGAGGUUUCUUUGCCGAGAACGAGACUGCCUUGGUGAUCAAGAAGUUCCGAUCCAUGGAUCCCGCCUUCCAGGUCGAGCCCUUCCUGCAAGAACUCCGAGAAUAUAUCCUCCCAGAAGUUCUUGAUGCAUAUGUCAAGGGUGAUACGGAAACAUUGAAGCUAUGGCUGUCAGCGGCACAAUUUUCAGUCUAUGAGGCGUUGACUAAGCAGUAUCUUCAGGCGGGCAUGAAGUCUGACGGCCGCAUCCUUGAUAUUCGAAAUGUUGAUAUUCUCCGAGCCAGAAUGCUCGAUCCUGGUGAGGUGCCUGUGUUUAUUAUCACUUGCCGCACCCAAGAGGUCCAUGUGUAUCGCAAUGCAAAGUCCAAUGAGCUUGCUGCGGGGAUGGAAGACAAGGUGCAGCUGGUUACAUACGCUAUCGGCAUUACUCGAGUUCCGGAAGACGUAAACAAUCCCGAAACCCGAGGUUGGCGUUUGAUUGAAAUGCAAAAGAGCGGAAGGGAGUGGCAUUAA